GCCUCAGGAUUGGAAAGGGCGAGGAUUUGCUGUCAUUUUGCAGGCGCUGCGUCCGGAUUGGCUGCGGGGCUCUGUUUGAAUGGUGUAGCGGCGGUUUUGCGACGUGAAGGCGUCUUGUUGUUUGUGGGGUUUGUGUUUGUCACUGAGUGACUGAGCGACUUGAGGGCAAGCCCGGCUAGGCUCCGUGGCUCCCCUUCACCGGGACUCCAUGGCUGUGGAGAGGCUAUAUGCAGAAGCGGCCGUGCCUUGGGAGCUGAGUCCCUCCGGGCGGCGCCGGCGCUGGGCAGUCAGGGCAGGCGCGAUGGAAGAGGACGCCGACGAGAGUGACACGGCGGUGCUGACGCUCAGCCAUUUCUCCCGGCCUCCCUUCCUUAGCUUCGGCACCGUUCGCGUUGGGACCUCGAGCUGUCGUCGCCUGGCCCUAGAGAACCCCAACGACGAGCCCCUCCGUUUGGCCGUGGGCCGCCCCCCGCCCGCCUCGAAAGGCUUCGCUGUGGAGCAGCUCAGCUGUCUCCUUCAGCCUAGAGAGCGACUGUUCAUUUCGAUAGCAUGGACACCACUAGAAGAGGGAAGAGUCCGGGAACUCUUAACAUUUGUUGUGAAUGAUGUUGUUAAAUUUCAAGCAGUUUUGCUGGGCUGUGCUGAACAACCUGUGAAGAAAAAGAGAAGUCUUUGGGAGGCAAUGAAAAAGAGACCUCCAGCACAGCAACCACAGAAUAAGGAAAGACAGUUCAGCACUAAAAAUGUUAACAAAACUUUUCAAGUAUCCAAAAAAACAGAUAGAAUUAGAAGUCCUUUCCAAUGCUGUGAAAACCUGGAAAAGAGCAGAUGUAGCACUUCACCUAAAGGAGAUUCUCUAAUCAUUUUAGAAAGGAAAGUGUCUCUGUCUCCCAUUAGUCCCAUCCUGCAAGAAAACCAGAAUGUUAUUUGCACCCCACUGUCAAUGAGGAGAUCAACUACAUAUUCAGUUCUUGAAAGAUUUGACUGUGAUGCUUUAUCAAAAGAUAUAAAAGAGACCUUUACUGUUAUACCAAUGUGUGAUUAUCUUUCGGACACAAAAUUGGAAAAUGCACAUAUUGUUCAGCCUGCAAAAACACAGAAUACAAAUGUAAAUUCCUUUGGCACCCCAGAGCAACUGAGAAGGUCGUAUAUUACUUCAGAUCAAAGGAAAACUUUAAGCCCAGAUUCCUUGCCUGCACUGGAAGGUUUUGUGCCAAUUCUCUCACCGGAUCAGUUUUUAAAAGAGAACCAAAUAGCUACUGAGCCGGCUUCGCAAGUAUGUAAACCUGCAUUGCCUUCAAGCUUGGGGCCUUGUGCGCGAAGGUCUUUUUCCCCUAAACAGGAGGAAAAAAUGCUACAAACUGCAACUUUUUCAGUGGAACCUCAGUUUCAAAACAGAGACUUUAAUGCCAAAAGUGAGGAAGAACUAGCAGUAUUUCACUGUGAAAACCAUGAACAAAAUCUCAGUUUUCCGGCUCACACAGUCAAACAUCAGUGCCAGUUCCAGAAACAGGAACCUCCCAAACGGCCUCUGCUUUCCAGUACUGUUAUCAAAAGUAAGCAAGGCCCCACUGAAGGAAAAGGAACACAGAUGCCAAAAUCUAGAAAAUGUCUUUCUAAUGCUAUACAACAGUGUGUGGGCAAUGUUCCUAAAGGCAGAAAAAUAGAAAGGCUGCCAAAUCUUCCUGUUAUAGAAGCUUUGGCAGGUGGAGUUGAUAGUCACAGAGCUGAAAAAACUUCUAAUUGCUCAGAAUCACCUUCAUGUAAUCGUAAAAGAAAAAGCAGAGAAUUUUUGGAAGAGAUUAAUAGUGGAAGUGAAGAACAUAUGGAUACUUUUAAGGCAAAAAAACUCUCAGUGUCCUGUGAAUUAAAUAUGAAGCGAACAGAUUUGAAAACUUCAGUUCCCAAAUCUGCAAAUGGAGAGAAACAAAGUCAGAAAAAGCGAGUUGGUUUCUUAUCUCAGAAAUCAAGGACUGCUAGAAAAACUUCUAAAAACUUAAUUCCAGUUGCACAGUCUCAGCUGACCUUUGUGAAACCAUUAAAAACAGGUCUCCCAAGGCAUCCGAUGCCUUUUGUGGCAAAGAACAUGUUUUAUGAUGAACGCUGGAAAGAGAAACAGCAGCGAGGUUUUACUUGGUGGUUGAAUUUUGUACUUACGCCUGAUGACUUUACCGUGAAAACAGACACUUCACAUGUCAAUGCGGCAUCACUUAUUUUGGGAACAGAAUCUCAUCAUAAACCCAGUGUUUCAAAAGCACCAACAAAAGAGGAAGUUUCAUUAAGAGCGUAUUCUGCUCGGUGUAAAUUGAACAGACUCCGUCGCUCAGCAUGCCAUUUGUUUACCUGCAGCACAAUGGUUAAAGCAAUAAAAAGGCUGGAGGUUGAAAUUGAAGUCAAACGCUUGCUAGUCCGGAAGGACCGACAUCUGUGGAAGGAUAUUGGACAACGGCAGAAAGUCCUCAACUGGCUUUUAUGCUACAAUCCACUGUGGCUGCGCAUAGGCUUGGAGACUGUCUACGGUGAACUGAUAGCCUUGGAGAAUAAUAGUGAUGUAACGGGUUUGGCAGUGUUUAUACUCACUCGCUUGUUGUGGAACCCAGAUAUUGCUGCUGAAUACAGGCACCCAACUGUGCCUCACCUUUAUCGAGAAGGUCAUGAAGAAGCACUGUCCAGAUUUACACUGAAAAAACUACUUCUGCUGGUUUGCUUUCUUGAUCAUGCCAAAUCAUCGAGAAUCAUUGAUCAUGACCCUUGCCUCUUCUGCAAAAAUGCAGAAUUUAAGUCCAGCAAAGAUAUAUUAUUGGCAUUUUCCCGAGAUUUUUUAAGCGGAGAAGGUGACCUUUCUCGUCACCUUGGCUUCCUGGGCUUACCAGUGAAUCAUGUGCAGACGCCACUUGAUGAGUUUGACUUUGCUGUAGUAAAUCUAGCUACAGAUUUGCAGUGUGGCAUUCGUCUUGUAAGAACAUUGGAGCUUCUCUCAAAAAACUGGAGUCUUUCAAAGAAGUUAAGAGUUCCAGCAAUAAGCAGACUUCAGAAGAUGCAUAAUGUUAAUAUUGCCCUUCAGGCAUUAAAAGACCAUGGAAUUCAAUUGAAAGAUGAAUAUGGUUCAGGAAUUGAUGCCAAGGAAAUUGUAGACCGGCAUAGAGAGAAAACGCUGGCAUUGCUGUGGAAAACAGUUUUUGCUUUUCAGGUGAACGUUUUGCUUGAUCUGCAUCAGUUAAAAGAUGAAAUAGAUUUUUUAAAGAACUUGCAUGUCAAACAAGUGAAGAUGAGCGCACUCGAUUCUUCUGUAACCCUCAAAGUGAGAAAAGACAGCAGUAGCUUUUAUUCAUCUGAAAGCUGCAGUGAAAAUGUAAAGCUGUUGAUGGACUGGGUGAAUGCUGUCUGUGUGUUUUAUGGCCUCCAGGUGGAGAACUUCACAGUAUCCUUCUCAGAUGGAAGAGUACUCUGUUAUUUGAUUCAUCAUUACCAUCCAUAUUAUGUACCUUUGGAAGCCAUUUGUCAGCGUACAACCCAAACAGUAGAAUGCACCAAAAGUGGUACAUUGGCACUGAGUUUUUCCUCUGAGUCUGAUGAUUCCCUGAAUCUGCUGAAUGGAACUUUUGGCCAAGCUGUAACUACUUCAGCACUCUAUAAAGAGCUCCUUGACAAUGAGAAAAAAAACUUCCAGCUGAUUAAUGCUGCUGUUUCUGACCUUGGUGGUGUUCCAGCUAUGAUGCACCAUGUAGAUAUGUCUAACACAAUACCUGAUGAGAAGGUGGUUAUCACCUACGUGUCAUUUCUGUGUUCACGGCUUCUAGAUCUUUGCAAAGAGAUCCGAGCAGCUCGUCUUAUUCAAUCUGCAUGGAGGAAACACAAGCUGAAGCAAAAACUUGCUCAGAACAUCAAGCAAACCUGGAGUGCAACCAUUGUGAUUCAGAAACACUGGAGAAGAUAUUUGGCUCUGAGGGAAUUUCAAAAAUUUAAAAAGGCAAAGCAAGAAGCUUUGUCUUCUAUAGUAAUUCAGAAAUACUGGAGAGGAUAUUGUGCCAGAAGAAAGUAUCUGCAGCUGCAGUAUAAUACAGUCCUCAUACAAGCAAGGAUAAGGAUGUGGCUUUCACUUGCUGCUUAUAAAAAAGUUCUCUGGGCUGCUGUCACCAUUCAAAGGCACUGGCGGGCUUUAUUGAGGGCAAGAAAAGAUUACCAAAAUUACCGGAAUCUGAAGGUGUCAGCAUAUGUGAUUCAGUCUGCAUUUAGAAGAUGGAAAGGUCGCAAAAUGAAACAGAAAAUGAACGCUGAGCUGCUGUUGGAAGAGACAGAACUGGCCAAAAAAACAAGAGCUGCUGUUGUAAUUCAGUCAUCGUACAGGAUGAUCAGAGACCGAAGUAGUUAUUUGCAUGUUAGGCAAAGUGUUAUCAAGAUACAAGCGUGGUUCAGAUGCAUUCUAGCUAAAUUUGUUUACAAACAAAAGAAAGCAAGUGUAUUGACUAUUCAGAAGUAUUACAGAGUGUACAGACUGGGAAAAACCGAAAGGGAAAUGUAUCUGCGGAAACGUGCAGUAAUAAUAGUUCUUCAGUCUGCUUUUAGAGGUAUGAAAGCUCGCUUGUUAUUACGGCAGGUGAGAGCAGUUUGUAUCAUUCAGUCACUUUGGAGAAUGAGACAAGAGAGGCAGAGGUUUCUACAUGUGAAACAUUCUGUUAUUGUGGUGCAGUCACAUGUGAGAAAGCAACAGCAGCUAAAAAGAUACCGAGCAAUUAAAGAUGCUGCUUCUGUUGUUCAGGCCAGAUACAGAGCUUACAUAGCUUCUAAAAAAGCAGUUACUUCUUACCAGAAAUUACGCCAUGCUGCUGUCAUUUUACAAUCUGCGUUCAGAGCAAGACAAGCUAGGAUGAAGGUCAACAUGCUGAAAUCUGCAAUAAAAAUUCAGUCCUGCUUUCGUGCUUAUGUUGCCCGAAAAAGAUAUCUAAGCUUAAAAUGUUCUGCUGUGAAAAUUCAGGCAUUUAUAAAGAUGACACAAGCACAUAAGCAUUACUGUGCAUUAAGAGAAGCUGCUAUAUAUGUCCAGCGAAGAUACCGUUCCCAGAAGCAUGCCUUUCAAAUGAAAGAAGACUAUGCAAAACUAAGACGAGCUUGUGUAAAAGUCCAAGCUGUUGUACGAGGGAAUCACACUAGAAAAUGGAUGAAGAGAAGACAAGAGGCUGCAAUUGUACUUGAGGCCCAAUACAGAAUGAAGAGAGAAAGGCAACACUAUCUGAGCCUGCGUAGAGCUGCUGCUGUUAUUCAGAUGCACUAUCGUGCCUACAGAGUGGGAACUGUUCAGAGGCAGAUCUUCUUGCGACUCAAAAAGGCAACUGUCUGUUUGCAGGCAGCCUGCAGGGGUUAUAGACUGCGUAAAACAAUUCAGCUUGAAAAUGAAGCUGCUCUCAAGAUCCAAGCAGCUUUUAGGGCUCAUGUUGCGAGAAUGAAAUACCAAGCCAUGGUUCAAGCUUCCCUUGUGAUUCAGAGAUGGUAUAGAGCUUCCAGAACAACAUCCAAAAUCCGAAAAAGUUUCUUAAGGACUAAAGCAGCUGUUAUUACCUUGCAGGCAGCUUCCCGUGGCUGGCUAGUAAGGAAACAGAUUCAGGAGCAACGUGUUGCUGUGACUGUUAUCCAGUCUGCCUUUAGGAAGUACAAAACGCUGAAAAAGUUCACAAUGACAAGAAAUGCUGCUCUAACACUUCAGCGGCAUUACAGAGCUUUAAUUUCUGGUAGAGAACAACGGCAGGUGUAUAUUUUGCUCCGUUCCUGUGUCAUACAACUCCAGGCAGCUUGGAGGGGGAGUGUGGUGAGAGAGCAAAUAAAAAGACAACAUCAGGCUGCAAUAAUCAUACAGUCCUACUAUAAGAUGCAAAUCAGUCGAGCAAAGUUCAAAAGUUUGAGACUGGCCGCUGCUUCCAUUCAAAGGUGGUAUCGUGCUGUUUCCCUAACCAACCGCCAAAGACAGGAGUACCUUGCAAUAAAGGAAGCAACUGUUAAAAUCCAGGCAGUUUACAGAGGUGUGAGAACCAGGCGAAAUGUUCAGUGCAUGCAUCGGGCUGCUGUCUGUAUCCAAGCAAUGUUUAAGAUGCAUCAAGCUUAUGCUAGAUAUCAGGCACUUAAGCUGGCAACAGCUAUUAUUCAGGUAAGAUACAGAGCUCUUUGUAGAAGAAGACAGGAACAAAUGAAGUAUCUGGAGCUCAGAGAGGCUUCCCUUAUCCUUCAGUCUGCCUACAGAGGCUUGAAGGUUAGACAAGAGCUAAAAACUUUGCAUCAGUCUGCAAUUUCUAUUCAGUCAUUUUAUCGAAUGUACAAGCAGCAGAAAUCUUUUCGACAGUUAAUUACAGCAACAAAAUUGAUUCAGCAGUGGUAUCGUGGCUGCAAAGAGCGAAAUGUUCAGAUGGUCAAAUACAGGCAGAUAAAGAUUGCUGCCCUCAAAAUUCAGUCUGCAUUCAGAGGCAUGAAAGAAAGGCGCCAUUUGAAAAAGAGGCAUGCAGCUGCCACCACCAUUCAAAGGAGAUUUAGAGUUUUUCUUCAGCGGCAAAGUUUCAUUUCUGUUAAGACAGCUGCUGUGACCAUUCAGAGGAGGUAUCGAGCAACAGGACUAGCAAAACAGCAGCGUGACAAGUAUCUUCGCUUCUGUAAAUCUGUUGUCAUCGUGCAGUGUACCUUCAGAGGCAUAUUGGCCAGGAAACAUGUGAAGCAAAUGCAUGCAGCUGCUACCAUUAUCCAAGCAGCUUUCAGAAUGCAUAGAGCACGUAGUCAUUACAGAGCUGUGAAGCUUGCUUCUGUCUUAAUACAACAGCACUACAGAGCAUACAAAGAUGCUAACAACAUGAGAGAUCUAUACUUGAAGCAGCACCGCUCUGCUUCAAUUCUUCAGGCAGCCUAUAGAGGAAUGAAAACACGACACAUCUUAAAGAAACAGCAUACUGCUGCAACAGUCAUCCAGAGUCACUUUCGUAUGCACAGACAACGUUGUUCCUACAAAAAAGUGCAGUGGGCAGCUAAAACCAUACAGACCAGAUUCAGAGCCAGUCAGCUGAGCAAGCUUGCAGUCCAGCAGCACUCCUCUGUUGAGAGAGCUACCACUAGCCUUCAGAUGGUUUCUUGCACAAUGAAGGAGACAAGCUGUCAGUCAAGACAUCAUGCUGCUCUUGUGCUUCAGAGGAGUUUUAAAAUGUGGAGAGACCGUAGAAAAUACCUUGCUUAUCAAGCAGCCACUACUGUCCUUCAGAGACGAUACAGAGCAUUGAUUUUGUCCAGAAAGCAAGCUCAAGAAUAUCUUUGCCUUCGUGCAGCAGCUGUUUGUAUUCAGUCUUUCUACAGAGGUUUUAAAAUACGGAGAAAAGUUUGGCGCAUGCAUUCUGCUGCAAGAGCAAUUCAGGCGGAAUUUCGAAUGCAUCGGGAGAGGCUCUCUUACCAGAGACUGCGCCGCGCUGCUAUCACCAUACAGAAUUACUACCAAGCUUAUGUAAAAGGGAAACAUCAACGAAAGGCAUAUCUGGAGGUUCGGAGGGCUGCUGUGGUGAUUCAGGCUUCUUACAGAGGUAUGAAAGUUCGGCAAGAACUGAGAGCCAUGCACAUCUCUUCAAGUGUCAUCCAGUCUCUUGAUGUGGCAAGGAAAAUUCAGCCUUAUUUUCACCAGGCUAUGGAUAGCAAGAGUAUUCAAUACAAAACUGCAGUUGUUACAUUACAGGCUCUGUACCGCGGAAAGAAAGCCAGAGUGCGGUACCAGAAAUACAGGAAAGCUGCUGUUGUAAUACAACAGUAUUUUCGGUCUUUCUUGGCCAUGCAGCAUCAAAGAAGGGCUUACCUACGAACUCUUAGGAGCAUCAUUGUUAUUCAAGCGACUGUAAGAGGAUUCCUUGAACGUCAAAGGGUUUGGCGAAUGAAAAAUGCAGUCAAAAUGCAGAGAUGGUAUCGUGCAAAGGUACAGAGGAGGAAGUUCCUGCAGUAUCGUGAGAAAAUUAUUAAAAUUCAGAAAGCGGUGAGGAAAUGGAUGAAGCAAAAAAAUGAAAGUUUAGGCAAAAUACAGACAGGUGUGAGCCAAAAGACCUUAAAUAAUGGAAUUACUAAAUUUCAGGCUUUGUGGAGAGGGUAUUCGUGGAGGAAAAAAACUGAUACUGAUCAGACUAGAGCUCUGCGUGAUAGUUUGGUGAUGGCCAAUAAAGAAAGCAAAGAAGAAAUGAAGCUGUGUAAUAGAACUACGCUUGCCAUUGAUUACCUUCUGAAAUAUAGACAUUUUUCAUACAUUCUGGCAGCUUUAAAAGACCUGGAGGUUGUAACCAGAUUAUCUCCUGUUUGCUGUGAAAGUAUGGCUCAAACUGAAGCAGUCUCCACUAUUUUUACUUUGAUUCGGAGCUGCAAUCGUAGUGUCCCUUGUAUGGAUGUUAUCAGAUACUCAGUUCAAAUCCUGCUUAAUUUGUCAAAGUAUGAAAGGACAACUGAAGUUGUUUAUGCAGUAAAAAAUUCAGUAGAUACAUUGCUGGACCUACUUCAGAUGUACCGUGAGAGAGCUGGUGAAAAAAUUUCAGAAAGAGGUGGAAGUAUUUUUACUAAGACCUGCUGCCUGUUGGCUCUUAUUUCCAAAGAUUCAACCAGAGCAUUUGAGAUCCAAAGUAACCCUCGAGUGAUUGCUCGCCUCCGAAGCCUGUUUAAACUUAUCUCUCGCAAGCAUCAAAUGGAUGCCCAAAGAACGCUUGUCAAGCAGAAGACAAGUGCAUUUCGAAAUGGUCACUGCUCUGUCCUAGUCACUCCUGUAAGAACAAAAAUAAUCUCUAGGCAGAGGCCAGACUGGGUCUUAAGAAAAGAUAAUAUGCAAGAGAUUGUUGAUCCACUGCAAGCAAUUCAAGUGGCAAUGGAUACCCUUGGAAUUUCUUACUACUAAUGGGUUGAUGCUGUGUCUAAUUUUUUUUAAAAGUCACUUCAGUGGUGUUCAUGACAAGUUUAAACAUCUCUGUCUGUGUACAUAGAGUGUAUAAAUAUUAUACAUCAACUUUUUGUAUUAAGCUCAAUUUUUUUAAAAAAAAAAUUCUUACAAAAAUUAACAAAUAUUGUAUACAGUAUACUUUUCUAGGUAGCUGCAUGCAGUAUUAUGCAAAGCUCAAGAUCAGUAAUACAUUGUUGGCUGAA